AAACCAAAUGUUUCCUAAAUAAAUAUGAAUGUAAUAAGUUUCUAUUUAAAUAUAAUUAAAAUCUGGGGAUAUUCAACUCGCGCUAGUGUAAAAUUCUCAAGCGAAAAGAAUCUCUCCCACUGCAGAAGAUUUCUUUUCAACUCCACCAACAAAUCGAAUAGCACUUUAUAUUCAACCAAAAAAUUUGAAUAUCAUCUUUCAUCAUGGGUAAAAACGGAAAAUUUGGCAAGGACUAUGGUAAAGUGGUUGGUAAAGACCAUGCUGGACGUCCAGGAUGGAAAGGUCCAGGAUUUACCAAAAAAGCCGAAGCAAAACCCAAGAGGGCAAAGCCAGGAGAGGAGAAAGAUGUACCUAAAGAAUCUCUUCUCCCUGUGAAAUCACAGCAACUCCUAUUGAAUGUUUUCAGAGACACAUAUUCAGAUGACAUCAAUUCUGAUGAGUUUCAUCAGCUGCUGCAGGAUGUUAAAGGAGCUUUAUACGAUAGAGACUUUAGUCGCGCGUUUGGAAAGGAAGAAUAUCUCGAAGUCUAUUCUGCAAGAUGGUCACCUAGCAGAUCAUUAUGUUAUGCUUCGAUUCUUUUGGAUCUUCAAGAACAUCUUGGGGAAAUUAUGCCACGUGACGGGAGCGCUCAGACGGGAGUCGAAUCCGAGGUAGCGUACGACACUCCAUCCACGACUUCUUCUAGGUCAAAAUCAAGAGUUGUCUCCUUUGGUGGAGGAGCAGCAGAAGUCAUCGCAUUUGGAGGCUUUUUAAAGCAUGGAUUCAAAACUUCAAUCACGGAAACGGCCUCACACACCACCGAUGAAGCAAUGGCUUCUCUCACUUUAUCCGACGUCAAUAAUAAUAUCGAGUUGCUACUCAUCGAUACAGCAUCUUGGGCAAAUGUUGUUAACAAACUCCACACCAGCAUCACAACUCCUCCGCCAAUAUCUAAGUAUGCGAGCGCAACUGCCAGAGAAGCAAACUCGGCUCUUGUUAAGCCCGAGGAUUUCACGACAAAGUUCUUGGAACAUGAUGUAUUAGCAAUGAGUAAAACCGAUCUUGGUAAUCUAUUUGGCAAAAAGCCAGUUCUUGCUACUUUAUUCUUUACCUUGAAUGAACUGUACACUGCAUCGAUUAGCAAGACGACUGCUUUCUUGCUGAAUAUUACGUCGGUUCUUUCAACAGGAUCGCUUCUCCUAGUUGUGGAUAGCCCGGGGUCAUAUUCAGAGACCAAAGUUGGAACGGAAGAGAAGAAAUAUCCAAUGAAGUUUCUGCUUGACCAUUUUCUGAUCGAAACACAAAAGUCUAGGGGAAAAGAGAGCAUUCCUGACUGGGUGAAAAUCCAUUCCGAGGACUCUCAGUGGUUUAGAUUGCCUGAAACCCUUCGAUACCCGAUUCCAUUGGAAAACAUGCGGUACCAGGUACACCUCUACCGUCGCUCAUAAAAAAAAAUGGCGAUUUCAAUAGCAGCAAUCACAAUAUGGACAUGAGUUUUGGGAGUGAUAUCAUAAUUCAUUAUUCAUUAAAAAUCAUGUCAAGGUAAUCAUAAAGUGCCAAACCCGGCCCCUUGGCUAGUACCGACUAAACAUCAAAGGUACCAAUGCGGUACUACUGUCAUGACCGAAAAAUCCUAUGGACUUCUUUGGCGAUGAGCACGAAGCUCCUAAUUGCAAAGGCUUGGGCCAGGC